AUGAGUUAUCGUGUCGAUGGAGCCACACACAAACCUUGGGCAUGCAGUGAGUGCCACAAAGGCUUCUCUACCCAGCGUGGGGCAUGUGAUCACUACGCAGCCUCUCACAGUGGCCAAAGUUACUCAUGUGAAUACUGCAGAGCAUCAUAUGUUCGGAAGAGAGAUCUCAUUGGUCAUUAUAACAAGGUGCAUCUGAAUACAAAACCAUACAAGUGUAAGCAUGCAGACUGCGAUGAGAAAUUCAGCUGCCACAGCGACCUCUAUCGUCACUUCAACAGCGCACACAAUAGCCAGAAUUCACAGACUAGCUUCACCUGCCAAAACUGCUGUGCCACAUUUGCCAAGAAGAGAUAUUUAGAUUCCCACCUCUUGUCAUGCGCAAGCAAAGCCAGUGACCAUAUGCCUUACAAGUGUACAGUGUGUGAUAAGGCUUUUAAGCUGAAUAGAUACUGCGAAUUCACAUGCAGAAGCACAACAGCAACAUGA